AUGAACUCCUUCAACUUCCAGCAGAACAUCAUAGUAGAGAAGAAUAAUGUCAUUCUUACGUACAAAAGACUUCAAAUAGUUACAUCCCUCUUCCGUUUCAUUGAGCUAUGUAUUUUCCUUUUCGUAAUCUCAAAAUUUUCCACUCAAAUACUUCCAUCAGCAGAAUAUUUGAAGAGACUAUGCAUAACCCUCAUUAGUCCCCCGUUCGUCUUCGUUCUUGGAAAUGCAAUUGUCAUCAUUUUGUUCUUGUUAAAAUCUUGUCAAUCAUCAACUAAAGAAGGGUCAAUAGUCAACCCUAAAGCCGAUUCCCACGAUGACACUACCGUGGAUUUUUUCAAGGCGUGCAUUUCAUCAGGCGGACAAGUAAAAAGGAAAAUCUAUAGGAGCCAAUCGGAGAAGUUGACGACGAACAAGUUAUCUCAUGCAGAGGGGCCUCAUAAUAGGGAAUUGAGGCGGUCGGCAACGGUAGCAUGCCGGAGAUAUGGUGAGAAACCGGCGGCAGAGAUAAGCUGUGAAGAGUUCAGGCAUACCGUGGAGGCUCUCAUUGCCAGACAACAGAAGCUUUUGAGGGAAGAAGAAUUUUCAGCUGUUGUUUCUUCUGAAGCAUAG